UGUUUCUGGUGCUGGUGUCUCAUAUCUACAUAUCCCAAGUGAUUGUGCAUAGCGUCGUCUCGCGUGGGGUAUUUUAUAAACUAAACUCUUACUCAUUUAUUUUAAUUCCUUUGUUUGACUAGUGCUUUGUGAUAUUAAAAUUUUUUUUUUUUCACAAAUCGUUGCUACAAACUCAGUCCAGUAGAGUAGAAAACCACCAACGGGAUCAUAAAUUUCCGUCAUUGCGCAAAAGCAUCACAGCAGCAUAUUCGACGUGUGUUUUAUGUACUCGUGAACGUUGACGAGGAUAAAGAAAAAAAAUUAAUACACAACCGUUGUGCUGAGGCGUCAAUUGCACAAGAAGUCCGCAAGUGAUAUUUCAUUUUCUUCAGUGCUUUUGUUUUACCAAUUUUUUUGUUUCUCCAUUUAUUUAUUUAUUUGUUCAUUGACUGGUUUAAACAAGAAUUUGAAUUCAAGUUUUAGCAAAAUCUGAUUGACCAGGAUAGUUUUUUUAUCAUUUAUUAAUGAUGGCCCAGCCAACGAGCAGCGCUUUGCGAGCACUUGCUUUAGAGUACAAAAGCCUUCAAGAAGAGCCAGUUGAGGGUUUUCGUGUUAAACUCGUUAACGAGGACAACAUGUUCGAGUGGGAAGUCGCAAUAUUUGGACCUCCUGAUACUCUCUAUCAAGGUGGAUACUUCAAGGCACAUAUGAAAUUCCCGCCGGAUUAUCCCUACAGCCCACCGAGUAUUCGUUUUAUGACAAGAGUCUGGCAUCCAAAUGUGUAUGAGAAUGGAGAUUUAUGUAUUUCGAUUCUACAUCCACCGGUUGAUGAUCCACAAAGCGGAGAAUUGCCCUGCGAGAGGUGGAAUCCAACUCAGAAUGUCAGGACUAUUUUACUGUCAGUGAUAUCAUUAUUGAAUGAACCAAACACAUACAGUCCAGCAAAUGUUGAUGCCUCAGUAAUGUACAGACGUUGGCGUGAUUCCAAAGGUCGGGACAAAGAAUAUGAAAAUAUUAUCAGGAAACAAGCUCAAGCAGCUAAAGUGGAGGCAGAAAAAGAAGGUAUUGUAGUACCACUGACACUUGAAGAUUACUGUAUAAAAACACGUGCGAGGCCAGCCGAGCAACCGCUAGAUAUGACAGACUUUUAUGAUGAUGAGUACGAGUUAGACGACGACGAUGACGAGGAGCACAGCGCCAGCGAAUACGGCGACGGGGACGACAGUGGCAAUGGCGAGUCGUGAUCAAUUUUAUAAAUUAUUUUAAUUAAAAACUAUUACAUUAAUAUUAUUAUAAUUAAUGAUAAUAACACUAUAAACCAUUAUUAUUAUUAGAUUAUUGUAUGGAUCGAUUAAUUAAACACACGAGGUUCUUAAUUAUUUAAAAAUGUGAUUUACGCUCGUCGAUAACAACACUUGUGAUUACUAAAUCGAUUACAUUAACGGCUCAAUGCAAAUGUCAAAAUUAUCCUACGAAAUAUUUGAAUUAGAGCCUAAUUAUAUCUAAUAAAAUAAUAAAAUAAAAAUGAUUAAAUUAUAAAUGAUCGUGUGCAUAAAAUAUCCACGAGUCUAACGAAUAUUUUGUCAUUUUGCUAGAAAAAUUAAUUCGUAUUUUAAUGAUUAAUUAAUAAGUACGCCGAUAAUAAUUAAUAUAGACGAUUAAAUGAAAUUUUUUUUAUUUCUUAUGGGUUUUGUUUG